AAUCGUAUUUUCAUUUUAGGUUAUGUUUGCUUGUAAACAUCGUGUAUAUACAUAAGCACAUAUUCCGUCAGGAGGAUAAUAUAAAUAAUAUAGUUUAAAAAAUAUAUCAAUAAAUCUUAUAUAAAAAUGAACGACAGUAAACAAAAUUCACACGAUGAAGUUCCAGAAAUCGUAAAAAAUGCUGUAUUGGUAAACAGUUCUCCCAUUCCAGUUGAAACACCUAUUGUGGAAGGGUAUGAUUGGAACAAGGGAAUUGACUAUCAUGCUUUAUUUAAAACAUAUAAAAAUUCUGGCUUUCAAGCAACAAACUUUGGUUUAGCAGUGAAUGAAAUUCAGCGAAUGAUAAAUGCUAGAAACAUUCCUCUUAAAGAUGACCAAAUUGAUAGUUUGGAAGAAGAUAAGUUUAUUGAAAGAAAAUCUUCAUGCACAAUAUUCCUAGGAUAUACAUCAAAUAUGGCUUCAUGUGGAAUUCGGGAUACUAUAAGGUUUCUUGUGCAACAUAAAAUGGUUGACUGUAUUGUAACUACAGCAGGUGGUGUAGAGGAAGAUUUCAUAAAAUGCUUAGCACCAACAUACAUAGGAGAUUUCCAUUUAGAAGGAAGAAGUCUUAGGGAACGUGGUAUUAAUAGAAUAGGAAAUUUGUUAGUACCUAAUAAUAAUUACUGUCUAUUUGAAGAUUGGGUUAUGCCUAUAUUAGACACAAUGUUGGCUGAACAGAAAGAAAGAGGUACGAUUUGGACACCAUCUAAAGUAAUAGCAAGACUUGGUGUAGAAAUUAAUAAUGAAGAUUCAAUAUAUUAUUGGGCUGCAAAAAAUAAUAUUCCUGUGUUUAGUCCUGCUCUGACAGAUGGCAGCCUUGGUGAUAUGAUGUAUUUCCAUUCCUUUAGGAAUCCAGGUCUAAUUGUUGACAUAGUAUCAGAUCUUAGACGGUUAAAUACAAUGGCUAUGAAAGCAAUAAAUAGUGGCAUGAUCAUUAUAGGAGGUGGUGUUGUAAAACAUCACAUAUGCAAUGCAAAUCUCAUGAGAAAUGGUGCUGACUAUGCAGUAUUUAUAAAUACAUCUUCAGAAUUUGAUGGCAGUGAUAGUGGUGCUCGUCCAGAUGAAGCUGUUUCAUGGGGUAAAAUUCGAAUGGAUGCGGAACCAGUUAAAAUUUAUGCAGAAGCAUCACUGGUAUUUCCACUACUUGUUGGAGAAACUUUUGCUCGACAAUAUCACUCAACAAGAGAAAAAAUUGUUUCAGAUGUUUAAGAAAAACUUAAUAGAAACAUUCAAACCAAAAAUAAAAGCAUUUCUAUCUUUCUUUUCAUACAUAAUACAUGCAUAUGUAUACAAGUAAUAUUCGAAAAUGUUUUUCUGAUUUUUUUAAUUCUUUUUUUUACUUUGAUUUUGUUGGAAACCGAAUUGAUUAACGUAGUAUAAGCCAUGUGUUAAACAAAAAGAGGGAAGUCAACUAGGAGAGAGAACAUGAUCUCAGAGUAUGUUCAGAGGAAGUGUGUGAACAACGUGCAACUAAGAAUGUGUAGAUUGUUAUUUCUAUUUACUAAGUACAUUUAUACCUUUUCUUACCUUUACACCAUUACGCUUGAUUAUUUAUGCGCAUAUCACAAUGCCUAUUUGCGCUAAAUAUAUAGAUUAAUUGCUAAGUAAACGGUAGAUUAUAUAAAACAACUUUCAUAUGAAAUGUCUCACUAAAGGAACGAUCGGAAAGAAGAAAGCGUUUUACCGGCGACGCGAUAUAAUUAGCCACGUGCGAGAAAAUUAAAUAUUGAAUUUAAAAUAAAUUGCGUUUCACAUUGA